CAUCCUAGUCAUCCCAGUAAUCUCAGUCACCCUAGUUACCCUUUUCAUCCCAGUCACCCUAGUCAUCCCAGUCAUCCUAGUCAUCCUAGUCAUCCUAGUCAUCCCAGUUAUCCCAGUUAUCCUAGUCAUCCCAGUCAUCCUAGUCCUCCCAGUUGUCCAAGUCAUCCCAGUCAUCCUAGUCAUCCCAGUCAGCCCAGUCAUCCCAAAAAUCCUAGUCACCCUAUUCUUCCCAGUCAUCUUAGUCAUCCCUCUCAUCCCUACACCUUAUUCAUCCCAGUCAUCCCAGGUAUCCUAGUCAUUUUACUCAUCCUAGUCAUCCCAGUCAUCCUAGUCACCCUACUCAUCCCAGUCAUGCUAGUCAUUCCAGUUAUCCUAGUCAUUCCAGUCAUCCCAGUGACCCUAUUCAUCCCAAUCAUCCCAGUCACCCUAUUCAUCCCAGUCAUCCUAUUCAUCCUAGUCAAGUCACCCUAGUCAUCCCAGUCAUCCUAGUCAUCCUAGUCAUCCCAGUUAUCCCAGUUAUCCUAGUCAUCACAGUCGUCCUAGUCCUCCCAGUUGUCCAAGUCAUCCUGAUCAUCCCAGUAAUCCCAGUUACCCUUUUUUUUACCCUUUUUCUCUGCGAGACAUCAACUUGGCACUUGGACUCUUGCCCCCCAGAAGACACGUGGUAUGGCGUGAUUCUUUGGGUGUUAAGAGUUCUGGGUCGGGGCUUAAAUCAGAGUGUGUGGAUAUUUUUCAUCAGAGCCUGAUCUCUGGUUGUUACGCCAUACUGACGAGCCCCAAAGAGGGCGAAACAGCUGUCUAUGGAUACAAUCCCGCUCUGUUUUGAGUUCUUUCGAUGUUGUGUUGAUGUCUUCCAGAGUUAAUUUUCACGUAGUACGAUCAGCAUUGCAGUAUUCUACUUGCAGAAUUUAAUAUGUCUACAUUUAUAUUUUUUUGCUGAUCAGGUCUUUAUAGAUCCUACGUUCUUUGGCAUAUUUGUUUGCGGUCCUUUGCAGUCCCUUGUGGUUAAUGUUUGUCCAGUUACCCCAUUCAUCUCAGUCAUUCCAGUCAUCCUAGUCAUCCCAGUCAUCCUAGUCCUCCCAGUUGUCCAAGUCAUCCCAGUCAUCCUAGUCAUCCCAGUCAGCCCAGUCAUCCCAAAAAUCCUAGUCACCCUAUUCUUCCCAGUCAUCCUAGUCAUCCCACUCAUCCCUACACCUUAUUCAUCCCAGUCAUCCCAGGUAUCCUAGUCAUUUUACUCAUCCUAGUCAUCCCAGUCAUCCUAGUCACCCUACUCAUCCCAGUCAUGCUAGUCAUUCCAGUUAUCCUAGUCAUUCCAGUCAUCCCAGUCACCCUAUUCAUCCUAGUCAUUCCAGUUAUCCCAGUCAUCCUAGUCACCCUUCCAACUCAGUCAUCCUGGUCACCCUAUUUAUCUCGGUCAUCCUAGUCACUCUAGUAAUCCCAGUCAUCCUAGUCAUCUAAGUCAUCCUAGUUAUUUCAGUUAUGUCAGUCAUCCUAGUCACCCUAUUCAUCCCAGGCAUCCAAGUCUCCCCAGUCAUCCCAGUCAUCCUAGUCACCCUAUUCAUCUCAGACAUCCCAGUCGUUGUGGUCGUUCUAGUCAUCCUAAUCAUCCGAUUCACUGCAGUCACCCUAGUCGUCCUAGUCAUCAUGAUCAUCCCACUCAUUCUAGUCAUCCUUGUCAUCCCAGUCAUCCUAGUCAUCCCAGUUAUCCUAGUCAUCCUAGUUAUUGUAGUCAUCCUAGUCAUCCAAGUUAUCCUAGUCAUCGCAGUCACCCUUGUCAUCCCAAUCAUGCCAGUUGUCCCAGUCAUCCCAGUCAUCCUAGUCAUCCUAGUCACACCAGUCAUGCAAGUCAUCUCAGUCAUCCCAGUUAUCCUAUUCAUCCCAGACAUCCCAGUCAU